GUGUUCCGGUUCUGCGCGGUGUCCGUCAGCUGACAGAUGUUUGGCUCCUCGGUUCGGUUCGUGCGGCAGUGAAAUAAAAACAGCUGCGCGAUCAGAGCAGUGCAGCGCCAUGAGCAACGGCGGUACCCCGCGAUCACUGCCCUCCUCCGGGCAGAAGUCCAUCCAGGAGAUCUGCCACCCUCUGUCCGCCGAGGAGAGCGCACGGAGCCGCAGCCCAGAUGUGCUGAACCCCGGAGAGAAGGACCUGAGUCUGCCCAAUGGGACUCCAGUAGACACAUCAAGCCCCGCCUCCUCUUCAUCGCUACUAAACCGACUGCAGCUCGACGACGAUUUGGACGCAGAAACGCGCGACCUGUUUGUGACUGUAGAUGAUCCUAAAAAGCACGUGUCUACAAUGGAGACGUACAUCACCUACAGAGUCUGCACAAAGACCACCAGAACAGAAUUUGACCUGCCGGAGUACUCGGUAAGGCGACGCUACCAGGACUUUGAUUGGCUGAGGAUAAAAUUAGAGGACAGUCAACCAACACACCUUAUUCCACCUUUACCUGAGAAGUUUGUAAUGAAGGGAGUGGUGGACCGGUUUUCAGAGGAGUUUGUGGAGACGAGGAGAAAAGCGCUAGACAAGUUCCUCAAACGUGUAGCAGAUCAUCCGGUGCUCUCCUUCAACGAACACUUCAACGCUUUUCUCUCAGCAAAGGACCUGAAUAAGCGUCAGGGUCUUGCUCUGCUGACUAAAAUGGGGGAAUCUGUGAAGUACGUGACGGGUGGUUAUAAACUGAGAGGACGGCCGGUGGAGUUUGCUGCUAUGGGGGAAUAUCUGGACAUGUUCACACAGAAACUGGGCACCAUUGACAGGAUAGCACAAAGAAUCAUUAAAGAACAGACAG